AUGACAGGAAUAUCACCAGUAAUUAGCGGGAAGUGGAUUGGCGGAGAUCCGGUCCGCGACAGUGAAAGCGGAUAUAUCCUCUUAUGGUUGGCUGAAAAGUGCAGAAAUCCGUGUCCCGGUUGCAACACAGGAAGAGGAGACCGCGGGCACGAGCGGUCUUCGGACCGCGGGACUGUGGCAGACAGGUGGUCUAAGCCCAGGGAGUACGGACGAGAGGACAAGUGGGCUUCAGCCAGUCAAGGAUUCCUGAUCUUACUACUGGUCAUCACGUGGGUAGAGGGUCAAGGGAGAGGGCGAGAGGAAUCCAACCCUUCGAGGUCAAGGGCAAGGACGAGGACACGAGCGAAAGAAAGACCUCGUCCCCGACCGGUUCGGCAACAUGACCUGUUCGAUGGACUGGAUUUCAACGAAGGCGUAGACGCGAAUUUUGACGGCGAGGAGAAACCUCGGUCACGUGAAGAAUCCCAUCGCUCGCGAUUCCCCGAACCGAAUGAUGAGGAGUACGACGACGACGACUCCGAAACCUUCUUCAAUCCUCCUCGGCGAGAAAGUGGGUUUCGCAGUCCCCCGCGACUGGAGGGAGGAUUCAAGCCCCUCCGCCACUACAACCUACAUCGGCCGGGGCCAGAGGAGCAAGAAGUUCACCGAGGCCCCCUGGCGCGACCCAGGCCUCAGCGACCACAGCCUCCAGCAACUCGUCCCCAAUCUCGGCCGCGUCCCCGUCCUCCCCCUCCCCCUCCACCUUCCCGGCCUCUCACACCUGCUCCUGAAGCCUCGACUUACCGGCGCCGUCAGCCUCCGGUGCCGGGAUUCCGGCGGCGACCUACAGGACACGAAACAGUCCCUGGGGUCUCUCCGCACGAACAGAAGAGACUCGAGGCGUUGGUCGAACAGCAGGCCGAGAAGCUCGCCGAACUCCAGGUGAUCGAGAAGAUCAAGAAGGAGGAAGAGAAGUACAACAACGUGAAGAGCGAUCAUUACGUCUACGUGCCGGGGAAGACGUCGUACGAGUUUGUCCCUGCCGGCGAAUACGAGGGGAGCCGGAGGAAUCAGAAACGAGACGCGGACGCGGCCGUCUCCGCUUCGACGUCCGACGACGUCCCCUCUGCUCGUCAAUUCGACAAGGGAUAUCGUCCCUAUUCCUCGCCUGAAGACACUCGCACGACCUUCCAGAUCCACGGACAAGACGGCCCUCACUCCUAUCGAUUCGGAUACGACACCGGCAAAGGGUACGGAAGACAGUUCCGGUACGAGGAGAGGGACAACUACGGUUACGUUCGAGGUCGCUACGGUUACUACGACACUCUCGGCAAGCUCCAAGUCGUCAAUUAUUCUGCCGAUCCCCACAAAGGUUUCGCAGCCGAGGGGGACUUCGGCAAAUAUCCCCGAGAAAAACCUCAUUGAUUCCUCGAGUAACUGAUUUAUGACUGAGUUAUACGAGUGCGAUGUGAUGAUGGAUGUAGACACCCGGAUGUCUUUCACUAUCAUCCCCUUGUCGUAAUUUUCUAUGAGCAAGGGUUCUCUUUGAGUGUGGAGCGAAUGGCAGUGCAGUGUAUACGUUCAUACAUGAUGGAAAAGAAAAGAAAGGAAAC